CUACGAGCAGAACCACCUUGGCGUUUAAGCUAUAAAAAUGCCUCCAUGUCGUGUUUCCAUACCUCCAAGUCACUCAUCGACCUGCAUCAACACGAAGUUUCUUGCACAAGACAAGACGCAUCAUGGACGGCUUCGAUAAGAAAACACUCAAAACCUCUCGAGGCUACACAUACACCUACUAUACCUCUGCUGGUGACUCUUCGCUCCCAACUCUGCUCUUCCAGCAUGGCUUCCCCGACCACGCCGCCAUGUGGCAACAAGUUGCAAGCGGAGUGAAGUCGCUCAACCACCCCAUUAUCAUCCCAGAUAUGCUUGGCUACGACGGAACCGACAAGCCCACGGACCCCGCAGCAUACAAGUUCGAGCUCAUGACCAAAGACAUUGUCGAGAUUCUCGAUGCUGAAGGCGCACAAAAAUGCAUUUCCAUUGGCCACGACUGGGGCUCGAUGUUUGCCUCGCGCCUAUACCAAUACCAUCCUGAGCGAGUAGUCGGCCUGGUAAACAUCAACGUCGCGUACUCACCAUUGAACCCCGCCCCAUACGAUCUCGAUGCGGCCAACGCCAUGAUGGAGAAGAUUUUCGGAUACGCACUCUUGAGUUACUGGUAUGUUUUCACUGCCCCCGACGGCGCCGCUCUCCUCGAACGCAAUCUCGACCUUAGCUACGAGAUCAUGCAUGUGGAAGCCGACCUCAUGAAGACUAUCCUUUGCACCAGAGGCGUCAUGCGGGACAUUCUAGAGGGCAAAGCAAAGUACGACUUGAAUAUUCGACCCUACGCGCGGGACCCCGCGUUCAGGAAGACGUUUAUCGACCGUAUGCGCCGCGACGGCUUCGCGGCUCCCACGUGCUGGUACAAGGCCAUGAUCACCAACGUCCAGUCCGAGAGCGAUGCACAGGUCCCCCAGGAACGACAAAAGGUUAAUGUCCCCACACUAUACUUUGGUGGCACAGGGGAUGUCGUGUGCAGGCCGGAAACGAUGAAAGUACCUGUCGAUGCUGGGUGGCUGCCGCACCUGGAGAAUGCGGGCAUGAUUGAGGCGGGGCACUGGACGCCGUAUGAGACGCCGCAGGAGGUGAUUGGCAAGUUGGAGCCGUGGCUGAAGAAGAAUUUUGCAAAGUGAAGGGGAGGGGAGACGAAGACGUCAAGGUCGAGUGGUUAUUUCAGAUUAUGUUAGUUUUGAGAUAUGAUAAACAAACAAAUGAACUCAAGAAAUC